CAACAUUUGUAGCUGUCAUCCAUACUGAAUAAUUAUUAUUACUAAAACAGAUUGUCUAAUGGCCAAGCCUAUUUUUCUCGUGUAAUAUUUUAAACCAAUUGUUAUUUACCUUUGUUUAAGUUUAAUUCGAAAGUUUUUCACAAUGGUUGUCAAAGUAUAUAUCAGUGGUAUUUCUGGAAAUAAGGAGGUGAAGAAGCGUCAACAACGUGUAUUGAUGAUACUAGAUUCGAAAAACAUAAAAUAUGAUGUCAUUGACAUAACGGAACCAGGGAAAGAAUCUGAUAAAGAGUUUAUGCAAAACAACUCGAAGGCGAACGGUGGCACAGUGAGCGACCCCAACCCUCGGUCUCCGCUGCCGCCGCAGAUCUUCAACGAUGAGGAGUACUGCGGGGAUUAUGACCAAUUUGACCUUGCUAAUGAAGUAGACACUUUGGAACAAUUCUUGAAGAUGGAAGCCCCUCCUGAAGAACCACCUCAAGUUGAAAAUGAACAGGAAAAAGCUGUGAAUGGGGAUGUUGAAGCGGAAAGUAAAGAAUCUGAAGCAAGCACGGAAGAGAAAGCUGAUGCAGUUGACACAACUGAGACUGCUGAGGAAAAAGAAAAAUCUCCAGAAAAAGAAGGAAGUCCUGCUAAAGAGGCUUCUCCCACAAGAGAGGAAGGUGAUGCAGCCUCUAAAGAAGGUACUCCCGACAAAGAAGAAGAUGAGGGUGCCCAAGGUGAUUCAAAAGAAAAGUCUCCAGAAAAAGAAACAGAAAGACAGAAAUCAGUUGAAAAAGAAAGCACACCAGAGACAAAGGCCCAGUCUCCUGAAAAAGAAACAGUGGUGGAAGCUAAAGAAGCUUCAAAAGAAAAUUCUCCAGCAAAGGAUGAAGUGAAUGGAACUGCUAGUUCGCGCGAGCAGUCUGAGGAAAAGGAAGCCACUGAACAAACAGAGACUGUAGAAGCAAAAAAAGAUAACCCUUCAGAGGCUCUCAUCCAGAGCGAGCAGAUUGCUGCAGCUGAAUAAUGGACUGAACACUUACUUGCUUUUUAGCUCAAAUGAAUCCCUAUUAGCACUAAGCAAGCACUAUUCAUUAAGUUCUGUUAUUUAUAAUGCAUCAUCAUCACUUCUUUGAUAUAGUCAUUGUAUAUAAUGCAAAGAAGUACUUGUUGAGGAUCAUGUUAUGUGGCGAUGUAUAGUUAUGUUUUCUAAUGCAAUGUGGCCUAUUAUCGUAAUUAGAGUUAUAUAAUACAAUUAAUCAAAUUUUAUAAAGUUCCAGAAUGAGAUAUCUAUAUAACAUUUUUAUCCUUCAUUAAGGCUUGUAUUAUUUUAAAGUAUUAAUUUUAUUUACAAUUUGCUUGUCAAGUAUUCUUUUGAGAUUUGUAACAAUGAUUUCUUUUUUGUAAAUUAAUUUUUAUAUUAUCAUUAUUAUAAAUGAAAGUACCUAAUACAUAGGAAUGAUCUUUUCUGCCAUUACUUGUCUUGAUCGAUGCAAAUCAAAACGCCAUUACUUCGACUAGACUGCCAUGAAAUAUAGUAUUAUUUAUUUACAUUCAUUCUUUACACUGUAAUUGCAUAAUUGAUCAUUCUAGACUAAAAUGCAGUACUUUUGGUUGUAAUAAAACGUGUCAUGACAAAUUAUUCAUCAUUUUUUAUAAUCUUAAUCAAAGACAGUUUUUUUUAACAAUUUUUCAUAUUAAUUAUAUAAAAAUACGAACGAAA